AUGAGCGCAAGCACUGAGCGCAAGCAGCCACAUUCACUAGUAUUCUGCUCGUGUUGCGGUGCUCUGCUUGACCCUCCUACUGGAAAUGAAGAAACCAUUGCCUGCCAUCAGUGUGAUACUGUCAUGCCUUCCCAUCUCUUUGAAGCCAUUGAAGUCUUUUCGAAAAGUCAUCCAGAUGCCUUCCCACAUCGACCGAAACUAGACUCGGACCCGAGAGAUGCCACGGCGAGAGAUGCCACGAUCGAUGAAAAGUGUCCUAAAUGUGACGCCGACCAGUUGAGCUUCCAUACUGCCCAACUGAGAUCUGCCGAUGAAGGCCAAACUGUAUUCUAUUCCUGCCUCAAGUGUGGCUACAAGUAUUCAAUCAACUCAUAA